AUGAGGAUUCUAGCAGUACUAUGGACGGUAUGUUUGGUAAGACUAUGCAGUGCAGGCUUUUGGUGCUGUGGAGGAAGUAAAACAGAUGACGAUGAAGUUACUGUUAGAACAGUACAAGGAGGUUCUAAUGAAGUCUCUACGGAGAAUCUCAGAGCAGUUCCACCUCAACAUUCUAUAGUUCCUGCUGGCCAGUUUUCUAGUGAAGACUCUACAGUUCCUCAGCCAGCUGGAAAAGACGGAGACGUCUCAUCUUUAAAAUCAGAUCCUGGUACCAUUGAUGUAAAUCAUCCAGACAACUCCCAAUGUCAAGCCUUUGACUAUUAUUAUGAUGAUAACUUAACUAGGCUUAUUGCUCCUAUUUCUGGAAAGUCGAUAAAUGAACUAAAAGAUGAUACAAAAAAAAUAUGGUCAUUAGGAAGUGGAGAGACCUUUGAAUACGCCAAGGUUUAUCUUAACAAGGAUAAGAAAGCAGAAGUAAUCUUUGUUGUAGUAAAAAAAUCUUCUGAAAUAUCACGAACAUAUUAUGCAAAGAGUGAGAGUGGAUGGACAUCUUGCAACAAUCAUAAAGAGAAGAUUAAUGAUCUCAAAACAGAGGCGACAAAAACAAAAGCUGCUAUUGACAUUGGAAGUGAAAAGGAAACUGACCAAUGCUAUCUAAUUUCGACCGAAUUGCUCGGUCUAGAGGUAAAAAUGUUUGUUCCAAAACCAGAUUAUUACGCUACUGAGGUUAAAAAUGAUAGUAAGUCCCUCUUGGAGGCGGCUGAAGAUAAUGGCGAGAGAUGUUUAUCCUGUGAUAUUUACACCAAAGGGAAUAAUAACCCGCUUCUUCUUAUAACACUCAAGGUUAAUAAUGAAUUAGACUAUGAAUAUUUUGAGAAGGAAGGAGCGAAGUGGAAGAGUAUAACACAAGAAAACUUUAGUCAAAAAAAGAAUGCUAUGCAAGCUGCUUGA